AAAACCAAAUAAAAAAGGUAUCAAUCUUCAGCUUCUUCUGGAGGGCGAAGAGUAACCACAAAAAAAACUUUUCCUCCACCUCCAAUCGCUCUGCGAAAAUCUCAUGUUCUGUCGACUACCAUGAAGGCUUGCAAUUUCAUGUGCCCUUCCGCCCCGCCCACCUCCACGCCUUUUCCGCACCUUCGCACGUACACCUCACGCGCCGCCCCUUCGCUGCAGGUGAAGUCCUUCCAGCGCGGCGACUUCGACCGUUUCGCCGAUAACAUCAAGUCGGGCAAGGCUUGGAGAGACGCGUGGCGGACCGCCAACGAUGGAUUCGAGCAAUUCGUCUUCGAGGCUAAGAAAACGGCCGAGCGAAUCGACCGUGAGUACGCCGUCUCUCGCCGUUUAAGCUCCGCCGCAAGCUCUGCCGGGGACCGUGCUCGGGAGAUUGAUCGUGAGUAUGGGAUUAGCCCACGUGUCAGGACAUUAUCCGCCGAUUUUAGUAGAAAUUUCCCCAAGUACAGGAAGCAGUUCAGUGACUUCUUGAAUACACCUCUCGGUGGAAGUUUUGCUACUAUUUUCUUUCUUUGGUUUGCUCUCUCUGGAUGGCUGUUCCGAGUGAUUAUAGUCGCCACAUGGGUUCUUCCCAUUGCUGGUCCUCUUCUCAUUGGUGCAGUCGCCAAUAACUUCGUCAUCAAGGGAGAAUGCCCAGCGUGUAAGAGGCAGUUCAUAGGAUACAAGAACCAAGUGAUCAGAUGCGAGGGAUGUAGGAACAUCGUGUGGCAGCCACAAGGCGAUUUCUUCUCAAGAGACGGUAGCAACAACAGUAGCAGCAGCAACAAGGGUAACUCUAAAAAGCCGCCUAAGUCCCAAAUUAUCGAUGUCGAUUUUGAGGAGAAGUGAUGAUCAGACAGAGCAGAAGGCGAUUACAAAGUGUGUUUUGGUAGUAGCUGAAUCAUUUGCUGUUUUUGUUUGUUCUAUAAGCUGCAGCGAUGCAGAAAGGCGCUCUCGUUUUGAUUGUUGUGUAUAUUAUAAGGCCUUUGUGUAGAUGAACAAAUGUAGUGUCCAAGGGUACACGAGGCGACGAGAGACUUAAUUGAAACUUAUAACUAGUCAAAUCUUAUGAAAGAACAUUUUACAUC